AUGUUCCUGCCUGCUAACAUGACUCCGGCCCGCAGGCACUACUCUGUUGUGAACGUCGCGAGACAAUUCACCAUGUCUUCUAGUGGUAACAAUACAAGUACGGGCACUGGCACUGGCACCGCUGCAGCCGACCCGACGACUGCGUCGAGUCCGCUCACCACUCCUACUACGAGUCUUGAUCCCACGAUUGAUACCUCUACUGACAUUCCUACCACUACAGCUCCCGCGGAGACUACCUCCGCGCCCCCUUCACCCACCACCACUGAACAGCCCCCAACCACCACCUCAAACCCCCCAACAACGACGGAACCUACCACCACGACGGUUCCCACUACCACAGCCCCGACGACCACUUCGGAGCCGCCGACCACCACAUCUACCACCUCUGCCACAAGUCCCACCACCACUUCACCCACAACCUCCUUAACUUCACCCACCACCACCAGCCCGACGACUACUUCGCCAACCUCGGAACCCAGCACAUCGUCGACGCUCACAACCACCUUCCAGACCACCCAGUCCGAUGGAAAGACCGUAAUACUCACGGUGACAUCGACGCAGGCCGUGGCGCCCACCUCGACAACCGGCACCGAUCCCUCGUCGACUUCGGGGGGCAUCCUUCAAGGCGACUCAAGCUCAAGUGGAGGCCUGAACAGCCAAGGCAAGAUUGCCGUGGCCGUCGUUGUACCCAUCGCCGCUGUGGCCCUGUUGGUCGUUGCUGGUAUCUUCUUGUGGAGGAAGCGCAAGCAAAGGAAGGACGCCGAAGAGGAGCGCAGAAAGGAGGUCGAGGACUACAUCUACAACCCCAAUGCCGACCCGACCAUGCCCGACGUUGGAAGCAGCGGUGGCGGUGCCUACGAGAUGAAGGAGGACGCCUCAUCGGGAUACCGUGGCUGGGGCUCGACCACCCUCGCCGGGUCUACAGGACGUAAGGCGUCCACCACAAUGUCCGGUGGAGCAGCAGGUGUGGCUUACUCGGAUACUCCGACCAUGUAUGGCAACGUCUCUGACACGAAAUCAGGAGAACCCCUCAUGAGUGAUGGCUCGCACUCCCCCGAAGGCGAGAUCCUGGGUGCCAUGGGGCCGGCAACCUCGGACAACCGCGGCGGCAACGUUCACCGCGGACCCUCGAACGCCUCAUCCUCCUACAGCGCUGCUGGCCGUUCGGAUGGCUCCGCCGAAAAUGGUAUUGGGGUUGCCUAUGGCGGCGGUGGUUACUAUGAUCAGUAUGGCAACAACCCAUACGACAACGGUCAGCAGGCUGGUGGGCAACCCAUCAUCCGUGACAACCCGGCACGACGAAACACCCGCAUUGAGAACCCUUCGCACUACCCACAGCAGAGCGCUGGUAUUUCGCAGAACUUCUAA